AGAAAUCCCCCCCCCCCAAAAGCUGCAACUGAAUUCCUCUUCCUGUCCUUCCUCCUGGAUGGCUGGUUUGAAAGGAGGUACCACCUUUCUGUUGUUGCUCCCCCCCCCACCUUUUUUUGGGGCAUUUUAUAUUGCAGAUUUGCAAAACUGCAACACAGCUGUGGAAGUGAGUGAGGGAAAAAGACGGUGGAGAAUUUGAGGGGAAAAGGCGAUCAGAGUGAAGAGAAGUCUACAGUUUCAGCCUAUCCGAAGUUUCUGAGAGGAACUGAGCUAAUGUAUCUUUAAGAAGAUCACACAUGAGGAUCGAUGUCAACAGUGGAGCUACAUAACAGCCCCAUUCUGCAAAGCUAAACAAGGGGAUUUAAAAAAAAAAAAUGGAGGAAGAAGACCAGGCAAGUUGCAGAGAACCUGAGAAGAGAUUGGAAGAGGUAGGAAGAGGCUGCGAUGCCACUUGUGUAGAGACCAGCGUGAAGUUUGUGGCUAAGGCAACACCAUCACUUCUGAAACAGAAGCGAGCAGACGGGUACCAACAGGGCUGGGAAGGCCAGUGGCCAAAUUUCUUGAGCUGCCCACCAUUUCCUUAUCCAAAAUGGAAGAAUCGAAUAUCAAUGCCUGGCAGUCAAGAACGCCCGUCCUCCUUAGAAGGAGUAGAGGAAGGGUAUCGGUGGCCUAGAAAAGAAUAUGCUACUCAAACUAGGACAGGCUUCUGUGAGAAGGCCCACAGGGCCUGUGCAAACUCGAACUUGCCUGUGAACCCGAAGGAGGAGAUGCUGGAGGACAUCCUUGAUUCGGAGAGGCAGCGCCAACGGUUCAGACGGUUCUGCUACCAGCAGGCUGAGGGCCCUCAAGAGGCCGCUAGCCAACUCUGGGAACUCUGCCACCAAUGGUUGAAACCAGAGGAACAUACCAAGGAGCAGAUCCUGGAGAUGCUGGUUCUGGAGCAGUUUGUGAGCAUCCUGCCUGUGGAGAUCCAGAGCUGGGUCCAGGAAAGCAGCCCUGAGACCUGUUCUGAGGCGGUGGCCCUGGCCGAGGACUUCUUAGUAAGACAAAGAGAGGGACGCCAGCCAAGCUCUCCAGAAAGAGACCAAGGACGCGAAAACUGCCAGUCUCCUUGGAAUAAUGUUAGUAUGCCAGAGUCUUUGGGAAACAUGCCUGCUAAAAGCCCCAUUUCAGAGAAGCUGUCUGAUGAUCCAAGAAAGGGGCAAGUAGCCAACAAUGGCAAGCCAAAGAGUGAUAAGGAAACCUUCUUGUUGGGGAACAACGACACAGAGGCAAAAGAAGAUGGAUUCCUUGAGGGGGAAACAUCUUUGGCCAAAGAGACAGUUUUCUCAUUCCAUGAUGAUAAGGAGACCGAGCCUGGAAAUCAGCCAGAACUACAGAGCUUUCAAAAAGACCAUCCUAAGAAGACGACCAAGCUUUGCAAAGAAGGUGAUGGACAUGUUGUCAAAGAAGACCGAAUCCAGAAUAAAAGCAAAAGAAAAUGCACAGAGUGCGGACAUCUCUGCGAAGUCAAUGACCUUCCUACCAAUCCGAAAAUGGAUCCGGAAGAAUUUUACAUCUGCCCCCAGUGUGGGAAAACCUUCAAGAACGGAGCGCCCCUAGCUUCCAGCCAGGGAACUGCAGCCAGGGCUAAACCCUAUCCAUGCUCAGAGUGCGGCAAGAGCUUUGGGACCAAGGCGGCCCUCCUGAAGCACAAAGCAACCCACACGGGGGAGAAGCCCUACAUGUGCUUCGAGUGCGGGAAGUGCUUCACGACCAGCUCCAACCUGAUCUACCACAACAUCGUCCACACGGGGGAGAAGCCCCACAAGUGCGCCGACUGCGGCAAAGGCUUCCACUGGAAGUCGUCCUUGAUUACCCACGAGAGGACACACACGGGGGAGAAGCCGUACGCGUGUCCCGAGUGCGGGAAGAGCUUUGGGAACAGCUCCCAGCUCCUGAGGCACAAGAGGGUGCACACGGGCGAGAAGCCGUAUCACUGCUCCGAGUGCGGCCGGAGCUUCAACCAGAUCGCCUCGCUCAUCGCGCACAAGCGGAUCCACACGGGGGAGAAGCCGUACGAGUGCUCGGAGUGCGGGAAGGGUUUCGGCACGCGGACCAACCUGAUGAUGCACCGGAGGGUCCAUACGGGAGAGAGGCCGUAUAAGUGCUCCUACUGUGGGCAGAGCUUCAGCCAGAGGACUCACCUCAUCAUCCACGAGAGGACUCACACGGGAGAAAAGCCCUACAGCUGCUCCGAGUGCGGGAAAAGCUUCAAUGCCAAAGCGCCCCUGAUCACCCACAAAAGGAUCCACACCGGGGAGAAUCUUUACCAGUGCUUCCAGUGCGGGAAAAGCUUCAGCACCAGCUCCAAUCUCCUGAACCACAACAUCAUCCACACGGGGGAAAAACCCCACAAAUGCUUGGACUGUGGCAAAUGCUUCAAUCGGAAAUCCUCCCUGAUUACUCACCAGAGGACCCACACCGGGGAGAAGCCCUAUGCCUGCUUCGAGUGCGGGAAGCGUUUCAUUUCGAGCUCGGAUCUCACCAAGCACAAGAAAGUUCACCGGGGGAAGUGGGCAGCCUGUCCUGCAACUUUAGGGUAUAGUCCAACAUUUGAAGAAUCCGGAGAUCCGGGACAACACCCUUGCUGAAAUUUGAUACUUGGUUGACCUUGAUCCUAUACAGGUAGUCCUUUACUUACAAUCGCGAUUGAGCCCAAAAUGUCUGUUGCUAAGCAGGACAAGUGAAU